AGCGCGAUUGAGUAGAAACUUCGGUGCGUGCUCUUUAGUUUGACCCAUGUUUCGUCAUCCCAGUACUAACCGAGCUGUAGUGAACGUGCAUAUCCGCACACUGCACUGCGUUUGUCCUAGCUGGCCAAGUGUGCGUACGUCGAUUCUCGUCGAACCCCUGUCUGAGCCAUUCGUUAGACUCGCUGUCGGAAUACUGCAAGUAAACGCACCGAUCGAGUUCGCGACGAAAGGACUAAACAUUGCGCAUCGCAGCGAGUUCCUGAUCCAUGCUGUCGAGGGUCUGUGUCAGGGGAUCGACGAAGAGCUCGGCGCUAGUAUGUCCUGGCCCUGGCGUGCACGAAGUUCGGUACUGACUAUCCGCAGGGCUAGGUACUCGGGUGACUUACCGAGUACGUAUGCGAGAGGAGCGAAGAGUAGGUCUAUCUCAUCCUGUACGCUAUUGAUGCCUCGACUGUCCUCUACAGGCAUUGAUGACCUGCGUGCAGUCGAAAGGCUCCCCGAGGGGCGAGUGAACCUUACAUGUGGUCCACGGAGGUGAGCAGGCCAAUCUUCGUCAUGCUGUCGCCGUUUAAGUGGUACCUUCUCAGCUCGCUGGACGUUUCCGGAGGCACGCUAGUAAGCUUUGACGAGCUUGUACAGCGCAACGAUGCUGUUAUGCGAAAGACGUAGGUCUAGGCAUAACGACGUUCGCGUGGCGUUGACCUUCCUUGGGGAAGUAUUUCGAGGUUCUUCGUUUGACUACCGCACCUGCUUGCAAUAAGUACGAACUGUGUGCGGAGACUACAAUUCGCUCAGGCUGCACAGACUGCUGUCCCGCACAUCCAAGUCUGCUCUGCUGAUUUCGAAAGAAGCACCAUAAUUCGUGUAAUACAGAACUGCCCCUGGAUGUGCCCUCUUUUGUAGCCCCGCGUGCGAUGUUUCAUGUUUUACACAGUUCUGCUGGUCAG